AUUGGGUUGAACUAAUGCACACGCAAUCUCUCUCUCCUCCUACAAACCCAGGAAGACUGCCUCCUUCUUCACUUGAGGCUUGCUUCUCGAGGGAACUUUGGCUUCGAGUGCGCGCUAAAUUCAAAGUCUUGGCUCUGCGUAAAUGUGAAGUAAAACUAAGAGACUCCCCCCAGGCAUUAACACGUCGAGGCAGCUGUAACUGAACUAAGUAAAACCUAAAAGGUUUCACGAAAAAAAAUGAAAAAGUUUCAACCCGUUCACUUUUCUUGUUCUUCAGUUUUACGUCAGCGACCAAAAUAGUUUGGGACUUUCCACAACUGAUGUUUACGCACAGCUGGCUUGGAUUUUCUUUUUGUGCGACCAAUGGCUGACGAGAGGAAGGAUCUGUUGUGUCUGGGCGUGGAAGUGACUGCAUGUACCCAUGUGGAUCAGUGACACUCCUGGAAGGUGUGCUAAAUGAGAUGGAUUGAGAUUCCCAAUGGGUCAAACACAGCGCCUGUGGCUACUAGCAAGUUUAUGUCAGGUGGUCUUGCUAACCUGUGAAAAACAUUCAAACACUGUUGAGGUUGAAGUUCUUUUUCAGCCCUUUAGUCAAGAUCCAGACAGCUACAGGAUCACCUGCAGACCUGCAAGUAACCAUCUGGUAUAUGUGAAGAGCUUCAAUAACUCAGAAUGCUCCCAUCACUGCAGGAUAUUAUUGAGAAUGGUUGAGGAUCAGAAGGGGUAUAACAUCACGCUGAGAGCCAGCAGGUGUGAUGCGGUGCUCGAGACAAAGACCUUUCACUUCCUUCCAGUGUCCACGUCCUCCUUUAAUGUAUACAGCACAACCACCACCGCCCUUCUGACAUGGAAACUUCACAGGCUGCAGACCCUGUCCUCCAUAAGCCUGUACAACACACACACAGAAACUGUCGUGCACAUCUUCAACAUAAACUCUUCAGAAGUAAAAUCCCAGUAUACAAUGAAAGGUUUGCAGCCGGGCACACGCUUCAAGGCCAAAGUCACAGUGACUACAUACCUCAAACAGUUUAAUAUGACCUUGAAGCAGAGACUCAGAAUUCGUCUGGAAACAGCUCAGUGCCCACCUGGCUGGAUUGCCAUUGGGGGAAGCUGCUACAUUGUGAGAAGAACAGGGUUGACCUGGAGUGAUGCACUGCACAGAUGUUCAGACCUUGCAGCAGGAAGUCAUCUGGCUAACCUGAAGAGCCUGGAAGAUCUGUUUUUUAUAUCUUCUUACCUCCUGUCCCAGAACAACUUGCUGCUGCUAUGGACGGGACUUAAUGACCAGCUGGAAGAGGGCCGACCUCUCUGGUCUGAUGGCUCAUCAUAUAACCGAACAAACACUAUGAAGACUCUGCUACCAGCCAACCAGACGGACUGCUUCGCUUUCCAGAGGAAUGCCACGGGGCCGGGAUUCUUUCUCACUCCAUUCUUCUGUAGCAUCCCCUUACCCUUUAUCUGCCAAUAUCAAACACGUUUAGUUCCUGCCUCAUUCUCAUUCGACCUGGUUCAGGUGACAGAGGACCUGGUAGAGCUUCGUUGGAGUGAUCUCUCACUCUGUAACUCACCUGCUCUUUCAUCAUUUGAGGUAUUCCUGCAGUACCAAGAGGAAGAAUAUGGAGAGUGGGAUCCAAGUGAAGAAGAAAGGAAGCAAGAGGACCAAAUGGGCACAAAGAACCAGAGCACGCCUAAAAAAAUUGUAAGGGUCCCCAUUUCGAUCUCUUCUAGAGGCGUAACUUUAGCAGGUUUAUCUCCAGGAAGCAUCUACUCCUUCACCCUUCAAGCGUCUCACCCUCCUGGCUUCGCUUGGAGCUUGGGACAAACACAAAUUGCAUAUACUAGACCUCAUCCUGCUCAAAAUAUCACUUUUGGUCCCAUUACAGCCAGUCACAUUAGCAUUCAUUGGAUGCUGCCAGAUGUGUCAUUUGUGGCUGGCUGGACUUUUGUUGUACGAUAUGAAGACAUGUCUUUGAAACAGGAUGGUGUAGUUGGCAUGGCAAACAUCUCCAGGUCAUCUGGGUUGAGGUCCUAUACUGCAGUAAUUGGAGGGCUGGAAUCUCACAGGAAAUACAGGAUUGAAGUCUACACAGUUACUGAGCAUGGGAUAGGGAGCUGUGGACAGGCAACUCUAACUGUAAAAACUGCGGUGAAGGCUCUCAGUGGUCUGGUAGUGAUAAGCACUAGGAGCAGAAAUCUGACUGUCUGUGGCACCCAACCACCCAGCGAUCCUCCAGACGGUUACUUUAUCACAUCCCAACCUCUUGACAAUCCUACUGCUCCUUUGUUGUGGCUAAACCACUCCAGCGCAUAUGGACACUUGAUAAAUGGAUCCAUGUGUUUUAAUUUGGGCACAUUUACUCCUGGUCAGACGUAUGAAGUUGGAGUUGUUGCUCUGAAGGGAAAUGACAGGAGCAAGAGGUCCAGCGUCAUACACACCACAGCUCCUAUGCCAGUGCAGGUAGCAGUGCCUGUCUCGGUGGGUACAAACUAUGCACAACUGUACAUCCAGCAUCCACAACUGGGUGUGAUGGAUGGCGUAAAAGUGUGUGCGUGUCCUGGAGACUGGGAUACUGUUUGCAAGGGUUUGGGCAACUAUCUGUGUGACUGGUACUCCCUCACUGCUCAAGUUCAUCUCAUAAACCUCAGCAACCUCAGUCCGGGGUCACCGUACCAGCUCAGAGUGCACAGCACGAGCCGAGAGCAGUUGGGACCACCAUACUACAGCCGCCUCUUUAGAACAAGUCUGGCUCCUCCUAGCAGAGUAAGGGAGGGUCAGGUGACAGAUACAUCCAUUAAGCUGCUUUGGGAUCCUGCACCAGGCCAGGAUCACAGCUACGAGGUCAUCUGUCUCAACUGUGAAAGCUCACAGAAGGUGCAGAAGGUGUUGAGUCAGAGUGCAGUAUUUUCAGGUCUUACUCCAGGCUCGCUUUACCGAUUCGAAGUACGGACAGAGAAGCAGUCCUUUACUGACAGUUCACCAGUUACGAUUAAUAUCACUGCAGCUCCCAGCCCAGUGGAGGUCUCUCUUGUCAAUAAAACCACAUCAUCCAUAUGCAUUAGUUGGAGUAUGUUGAGGGGAUUGGUGACUACACUCAUCCUGUCGAUCAAAAACAGAACAAGCACUCAGGAGCUGAUCACAUCUUAUCAGGAGCCCAGAUUAUUCUGCUUCAAGUGCCUCGCUUCUGGAAGCCAGUACACAGUUGAAGUUAUUACCAUCAGUGGGGACAGAAGAAGUAAACCUGCUACUAUGACCCUCUGUACUAUUCCUGAGGUGCCACAGGAAGUGACUCUUUCAGAAAACGCAGUGACGUCUGUGUCUGUCACCUGGAGACCGCCACCAGGACAGGUGAUGCAGUACAAGCUUCUUUUUGGCCUGCUGUCUGUAGACAGGAAGUCAUGGACCGAGGUGCUUGUCCAAGGCACAAGUUGUGAGGUGAAGGAUCUGAUCCCCGGAUCAGAUUAUGGGGUUAGCGUUCAGAGCGUACUGGGCUCAGACUCCAGUCAUGCGGUCCACAAAAGGUUCAGCACACGCCCAGCAGGAAUACACCAUCUCUAUUUAGAUCACCUGACCUCUUCUUCUGCGUCUGUGAGCUGGGACAGUGCACAUGGAGAGUUUGACUUCCACCGAGUGACUGUGACCAACACUUUAGUCACGUCCACACUCACCAUACCCAAGGAGAAGCAGGUUGCUGUGGUUACAGGGUUGCUGGGUGGCUGCAGCUACAACGUGACUGUUGAAAGAGUGAAAGGAGUGACAGCAGGACGCUCUGCGUUUCUGACUGUAACUACAGUGCCAGCCCCUGUGCAAGGAUUACAUAUCACAAACCUAUCUGCAUGUGCCUUCUCGUUGCGUUGGGAACAGGCAGUAGGGUGUGUGGAUCAUUACCAAGUAAAUCUGCUACCAAACCAAGGAAAUAUCACCAUGCACCCCGCACGUGACGGAUACAUUCAGGCCGAUGUGGUAAAUGUCAGCCCCAAGACACAAUACACUGUAACAGUCACAGCAGCAUCCUCCUCGAACAUCAGCCCUGGAGUCAGCCGCAUGAUCAACAGGAAUGGGAGCGUUCCUGGUCCACCUUCAGACCUAGACGGAGAUGCUGUCGGCUCUAAUGGCAUCAUGCUUUCCUGGAAUAUACUGCCUAAUGCCAAAGAUAUAGAUGGAUAUGUCAUAAGGUACAAGGAGGUGUGUCCUUACCCUGACCCCGCUUUCACACAGGUGACAAAAUACCUGGAUAUACCAGAGACCCUGAUCACUGACUUUACUUCAGGAUCUACCUACCACAUUCAGGUAGCAGCUAUAUCUCCAUUUGGAGUAGGAGCAUUCAGCAAACCUUUAUACAUAAAGACAGCAGAGUCCCCCCCUGGCCUGGUGACCAAUCUCACAGCGUAUGCUCAUAACCACACCUUCGUCGUCCUUACCUGGUUCUUGCCACACCGCAUCAAUGGCCUCAUCACAAAGUUCGCCGUCAAGGCCAAAUUUGCUCGUACUGGGCAGAUUGUCCGUUUGCUGGAGGUCAAUGCAGUGGACAUCAUGACUGUAGCCCUGCCUCACUGCAAUGAUGCAGCCGAUAUCCUGUCCAGUGCGACUCUCAGUCCCUUGGAGAUAACAGCAUCAUCGCCACCCAUCACCCUCUCUGCUGUGCCCCCUGCAGCCUCUUGGAACGUACCCAUAUCAGUAGGAGUUGAUCAGCUACGACCUUAUAUUGCCUAUCUAUUUGAGGUGUCCGCCUUCACCUCUGAAGGAGAGGGACAGGUAGCCUCCACUAUGGUUCGCAUGCCAGAAUCAGCUCCAGAAGACCCGCCACAAAACUUCUCUGUAUUCAGCAUGACGUCUCGAUCAUUCUCUGUGUCCUGGAGCCCUCCCAGCAUCACGACAGGAAAGUUCUCCUACGUACUCUACCUUCAUGGACCCACAGGUUUUAUGUAUGAGAACAGCACAGGAGAUACCCGUUUUGCUUUUACCGGUUUGAAACCCUACACGAGGUACAUAGUAGCCGUCCGAGCAAAAGCAGCUGGUGAGGUGGGUCCUGCAGCGAAGGGAGACAUCGUUACACCUGCGGAAGCACCCAGUGCAGUGCAGCACCUGAUGGCAAUUGCUGAGGAUUCAGUUUCAAUUCGUGUAAGUUGGAAAAGCCCUGCCCAGCCCAACGGUCCCAUAAUCCAAUACAGACUCCUGGUGCUGGUUGAGGAAACUCUGCUCCAGAACAUCACGAUGACAGCAAAUACAACUGGUUUUUAUGAAAAUGAAACACAUCCACCUGAUGUCCAUAACAGUUCAAAGAGGCAUAAAAGAACUGCUGAGCUUGGUCUGAUCACAUCUCCACCAACUUUUACAGCUACUAUUUCAGACCGCACGCUGCACACUAGUGCUACUGCUUCCAGUUUCACACACUCUGGACUUAGAAGCACUGAUUACAUCACUAACACGAAUGCUCAGCCAACCACUUACCCCAUGGCCACCAACAGGCCCAGCCCUGAUUAUGACACUGCCUCACGCUCUGACAACCCAAAUAUGCAGUCUUCUGACUCUGCAGUCUCUGGAACGUCUGCACUUUCUCUUACCUCUGUGCCAUCUGUUACACUUCCACCCUGGCUUACGAAGCAAUUACAUGCCGGGGAAGCGACCUCAGGCUCUGCCCCCUUGGCCCUGACCCCAGGCCAGCUUCGCUUGUCUACACUUGAUGCUUCAAUUACAGAACACUUUUCAACACGCAGCGGUGCUGUGUCUGGUACCACAGGGGUAACAGUGAGACAGGAGGUAAUGGACGUUCUGUCUGAGGAGUUGUCCUACUUGGUGUCAGAUCUAGUUCCCUUCACUGAGUAUACAUUCAGGGUCACUGCUUCCACCACUGUAGGAGAGGGCCCUGCUGCAAAUAUCACAGAGAAGACCAGGGAGCAGGUUCCUAGCUCCGUGCUUGAGGUAUCCUAUCAGAAUAUCAGCUCUACCUCCAUUCUAGUGAGCUGGACCCCACCCAUCAAUCCCAAUGGGCGGAUCACACAUUACACUGUUUAUGGUCUCAAACUGCCCAGUAAUCAAGGCCUGAAAUGGGUUACUAGCACUACCAGCAUAUUGAUAACAGAUCUGGACAAGUACACUCCUUAUAAGCUUCGUGUAGCUGCAUCCACAGUUGUGGGGGAGAGCUCACUUUCUGAGGAAGAUGACAUUUUUGUUUUCACUUUAGAGGAUGAGCCCGACUCCCCUCCUGUAAACCUCACUGUGGUAAACACCACCCCCUCUACUGCCACAAUAGCCUGGUCUGCACCAGAGAAAGCUAAUGGGGCGAUCCAGCAGUAUGAGGUCCUGUAUGAGAAUGAAUCCUACUCUGCGCUGGUGAACACGUCUUCUAACAAAGUCACCCUGUUCAGUCUGAAACCAUUCUCCUUUUACAAUGUGUCUGUGAGCGCGUACACGUGUUAUGGAAAUGGCAACCAGACAUCAGACACUUUAUACCUGUUAUCUGGAGAAGAUGUCCCGGGCAGUCCUCCAUAUGGGCUCUCCUAUGAAUCAGUUAGUCCCAGUGAGGUGAAUGUGACGUGGAUGCCUCCUCUGCUGCCUAACGGCAUCAUUAUUCACUACAGCUUAGAGAUUUGGAACUCCAGUCACUACCUGAACCUGACCUCGCGAACCAACUACAUCCACAUCACGCAUCUGAGGAAGUACGCACACUACCGCAUCGUAGUUCAAGCACACACAAGAGUCGGAGCAGGAAACUACAGCAGCGAGCCGCUCAACAUCACAACACUUGAGGAUGUGCCAGGUGACUCGGUCCAAAACUUGACGGCACAGAUCUUCAGCUCCACGGUAAUCAUAGUGAGCUGGGACCCUCCUCUGGAGCCAAACGGACGCCCCUACUACCUGCUCACCUUACAGGAGGCAGGCAUCGUUCCAAACAUCUCCAACCAAAGGGCUCCAGCUGUCAACAAGACCAUAAAGCACACCACAACUGACAACAUCUUCCUGUUCACCAAACUCAGGAAAUAUUUCCCUUAUGUGCUGACUGUUACCCCAGCAACUACUGCUGGCCCUGCCUACAACCAUACAAGCACAAUGUACCUGAGAACGGAUGAUGACAUUCCUAGUUCUGCUCCGUUGUUGGUGUCCACCAAGAACCUGUCUUCGUCUUCCAUCGGUGUGGUCUGGCAACGCCCUCUGGAGGCCAAUGGGGAGAUAACAGAGUAUACCCUGAUUCUUGUUGGCCUGGAGGGCACCAACACAACACAUACCCCCAACACCUCGUUCGUCCUCACUAACCUACUUCCAUACACAGCUUACAAUCUCACGAUUACGGCCGCAACUCGUAAAGGCUCGGGGCCUAGUCUGCUGCUGCAGCUGCACAGCGAUGAAAGUGGUCCCACCUCUCCUCCCCGUAACCUGACUAUAUAUAACCACACGGCAGUCUCUGUGUGGCUGAGCUGGGAGCCUCCUCUAGAGCCCAACGGAGUGGUGAUAAAGUACGGAUUUCGGAUCCAAGACCUCAUCACACAAACCGUCACACAUCGGAAUUCCUCUGGUUCAUCAACCACAGAGUAUCUCUCAGGCUUCAAGCCCCACAGCUCCUAUGAAAUCAGUGUGAACAGUUUCACCAGAGUGGGCCAUGGGAAUCAGUUCAGCAGCCCUGUGUCCUUCACAACCAAUGAGUCAGUGUCUGACGCUGUAGGGAAUCUGUCUUGCUCAGGAGUGAGCUGGGAUUCAAUUCUUUUGUCUUGGGAAAUUCCUGCCAAUCCUAAUGGGCAAAUCAUUUUUUAUGAGAUUCAAUUGGAGGUAGACCAGCAAUCCUAUAAACAUGAGGCCCAUACACCAGAGCACACAGUGACUGGGCUGUCGCCAGACCAGGAAUAUGCUCUCUCUGUAGCUGCUGUAAACUCUGCAGGACCAGGAGACAGAUUAAACUGUACAGCUUCCACCCUUUCAGAAUCAGUUCCUGCUGCCCCUCGAUUCCUCACCAUCUCUCAGGUCACACCUAACAAUGUGACACUUCAGUGGGCUCCACCACAUUCUGUUCCAGGCCUGCUUAAAGAGUAUCACAUCAUUGCACAGCUGAUUUCAGCUAACUGCGAACCAAGCAUAUCAGUUAAAGCUCAGUCAACCCCGAAGGACGACCUGGCCCUGCAUUGCAUUGAACAUAAUGUGACAGUGUCGAUAAAUGCUUCAGAUGCAGAACAGAAACAAAGCUUCACAAUCCAUCCCGUGGCUAAAUACAGACACUACCGCUUCAAAGUUGCUGCUGUGACCAACGCUGGAGUCGGAGACUAUACACAGUGGAAAUAUAAACGCACCAUGGCAGGAAACCCCGAUGCUCCUCCCCGUGACCUGAAAGUGACUUCCACCUCCAACAGCUUUCACAUUGCGUGGGACGCUCCAGCUGUUCUCUCUGGACUGACUUCUUAUCUUGUGCAGGUGGAUGGUCCCGGGGUGAAUAUCUCAAUAGUCAGGGCUCCAGGGGAGUUGAUGACCAUUGUUGUUACUAACUUGACGGCUUUCAGUCGUUACUCUGUGACUAUCACUGCCUUCACUGGUGACUUGGAGCACGCUAGCAGUGAUGGGAAAGCCAUUGGACCCAUUUACUUUCAAACAAAGGAGGAGGAACCUAAAGACCCUCCAAAGAAUGUGACAGUUUCAGUAAUCCCAGAGGAAGUGCGUGCUGUGAAGUUGACCUUUAACCCUCCAGAGGAGCCCAAUGGAAACAUCACAGAAUACAUUGUAUACAUCUAUGAGAAGGACCAGCUGGUCAGAAACAUUAGCCUUAACAUCAUCCAAAAAGAGAAUAACACGAUGGAUGCUGUAAUAGAAGGGCUAAAGGGAGGACGGACCUACAGUUUACAGAUUUCAGCAAAGAACGGGGCUGGCAAGAGCCCACUCAGCUCACGUGUCCUGAUUACUACAGGGAUCAAAGCCCCAUCCAAGCCAACCCAAAAACCCCAGGCAAUGCUGAGCUAUGGAGGGGUUGCCAUGGUUACCCACAGGAGUAUCACCAUCCACAUGCCUGCAUGUUUCUAUAGUGACGACAAUGGACCAAUCACAAAAAUUCAGGUCAUCGUGGCCGAGUCAGGGGUAAAGGACAACAAGAACGUGACCAACUGGAAGAGCGCGUACUAUGAUCAUCCCGCCCCUUACUUUACUGACUCAGGGUUCCCCAACCCCCCGUGCAGUGACUCAAGUAUGCAUGCACAUCUCAGAGGUGUGUUUAGAGAUGGUUGGUCACAGAGGUACAACCAAACUGCUGCAGAAUAUGUGAUCGGCAAGAGCAAUGACUGCACGGGCAACAACACUGAGUAUUUCUGCAAUGGACCUUUGAAGCCUAACUCUGUCUAUGUGUUUAAGUUCAGAGCCACUAACGUCAACGGGGAAUACACAGACUCUGAGUACUCGGAGCAUAUCAAAACAGCUCCAGGCGAUGGGCUGUUGACCAGAGAAGAGCAGAUAAUUCUGGGCGUUCUGCUCUCCUUCUUCUUGGCUGUGUUACUCAUCAUCAUCAUCUGUGGCUCAGUCAAGAUCCACCAGCGUAAAAAGGAAGGUGGGACGUAUUCGCCCAGAGAGGCAGAGAUCAUAGAGACUAAGUGUAAGCUGGAUCAGCUGAUCGCCGUAGCAGAUAUGGAGCUAAAACAAGAAAAACUCAACCAGUAUUCUUCAUUCUUCUUUCGACGGAAAGAGAUUUAUGUGAUCCAGCUGCUCAGCUACAGGAAAUCACUCAAGCCUGUCAACAAGAAGUCUUUUCUGCAGCAUGUAGAGGAUCUGUGUGCCAAUGACAAUUCCAAGUUCCAGGAGGAGUUUUCUGAACUCCCAAAGCUGCUGCAGGACCUGGCCACUACAGACGCUGACCUGCCGUGGAACAAGUCCAAAAAUCGUUUCCCAAACAUCAAACCUUAUAAUAACAACCGAGUGAAACUGCUGUCUGAACCUGGCACUGCAGGCUCAGACUACAUCAAUGCCAGCUUUGUCUCAGGUUAUUUGUGUCCCAAUGAGUUCAUAGCCACCCAGGGCCCUCUGCCGGGCACUGUGGCUGAUUUUUGGAGGAUGAUCUGGGAAACGGGAACCCGCACUAUCGCCAUGCUCACUCAAUGUUAUGAGAAAGGCAGAAUUCGAUGUCACAAGUACUGGCCUGAAGACAACAAGCCGAUGUCAGUGUUUAGUGACAUUCUCAUCUCAAAGGUGUCAGAGGAAGUCUUUCCUGACUGGACUAUCAGAACUCUGAAAGUAGAAAAGCAUGGGCACUACAUUUUGGUCCGCCACUUCAAUUAUACAUCGUGGCCUGAGCACGGCGUUCCAGAGUCUUGCAGUACACUCAUUAAGUUUGUCAAAGCUGUCCGAAUGCACAGGCAGGACAAUAGCACUAUUGUUGUCCACUGCAGCGCUGGCGUAGGAAGAACAGGUGUGUUUAUUGCUUUGGAUCAUCUUAUUCAGCAUGUCAGAGAUCAUGACUUUGUCGAUAUUUAUGGGCUGGUGGCUGAACUGCGCAGCGAGAGGAUGUGUAUGGUACAGAAUCUGGCCCAGUACAUCUUCCUGCACCAAAGUACGCUGGAACUUCUAAACAACAAAGGCAACAGCCAGUCGAUAUGGUUCGUUAGCUACUCUGCUCUGGAGAAGAUGGACUCGCUGGAUGCCAUGGAAGGUGAUGUUGAACUGGAAUGGGAGGAGACCACUAUGUAAAAAAACUGACGAAGGAACAUCUGUGAGAUUUCUUUGGGGGGUUUUGUGCGUCACUGUCACAUGACCUGUGGGCAGAUCCUGGAGAUGGAGAGGUCCAUCCCCACAAACCAAAGUAAGAGCAACAGGAGAUGAAUAUCUGCACUCAACGAUCUGUCUGAAGAACUCCACUCAGUCCACUUCAAAAUCUAUUCCCAGCACAGUCCUCUUUAUAUUGAACCUUUUGAACACUUGUUUCCAAAGACACUGCGAGGGAAAAAAGUGAAGAGCAGGGACAAAGAAGUUCAGAAAGGACAGGAAUAAAUGAGAAAUUGUGAGCUGAUCGUGAGAGCUCUAUCACAAGUGUAAGCCUACAGGUAUUUGCACAAAUCGAUUUCACUGUCUUAUUAUUAUUAUGUAUUAUGUUCAUAUCAUCUGUGUUUUUUUAAGGUAAUGUUUUUCAGCCAAAGUGGUGUUGGGGCUUUUCAGUCUCUUUAUAACUGUGUUGAGAUGUUCGUUAUCUUUUCUCAAGAGUGAUUUGCAAAAUAAAAGAAACAAUCAAGACUUUCUCCACUUGACUGUUUCAUCAAAUGUCUGCACUUUGACGUUGCAGUAGGGAGUUACAAAUUAGUGAGUCUUGCUGUUUCAACAAGGGAAGUCUGCAGUAGCUUAAUAGCUAACAUAACCGUUAAAUCCAAGGCUGUGGUUAUAUACUCACUAGGCACUUUGUUGGAUGCAUCAUUUCAGCUGCAUAUUAGCACACACAUCAGAAACAUUUAAGCAUUCGGCUUGAGACGACCUGCGGAGGUUCAAACUGAACAUCAGAACGGGGAAGAGGGAUGGUUUAAAUGACUUUGAAUGUAGCAUAAUUGUUGGUGCCAGACGGGCCUGUCUGAUA